GGCUCGUUUAAGCAGGGAGCUGCUCGACUUCUCUCUGGGUGGCAGUGCCUAGCCCCAGCUCUUCAGGAUCACGCCAACAUGAACGGCACCGGGGAGCAGGUGGACAUCCUGCCGCCCAACUGCAUGGUCAAGGACCGAUGGAAAGUGCUGAAGAAAAUAGGAGGUGGGGGGUUUGGGGAGAUCUAUGAAGCCCUGGACUUGCUGACACGGGAGAACGUUGCUCUGAAAGUGGAGUCAGCACAGCAGCCCAAACAAGUUCUCAAGAUGGAGGUGGCCGUGCUUAAGAAGCUUCAAGGUAAAAAUCACGUUUGUAAGUUCAUUGGUUGUGGGAGGAACGACAAAUUCAACUAUGUCGUCAUGCAGCUUCAGGGUAGAAACUUAGCAGACCUGAGAAGGAGCCAACCCCGUGGGACUUUCACCAUGAGCACAACGCUUCGUUUAGGAAAACAGAUCCUGGAGUCUAUAGAGGCCAUUCACUCUGUGGGCUUCCUGCAUAGAGACAUAAAACCUUCAAAUUUUGCCAUGGGGAGAUUGCCUUCAACAUACAGGAAAUGUUAUAUGCUUGAUUUUGGCCUCGCGCGGCAGUACACCAACACAAGUGGAGAAGUCCGACCACCUCGAACCGUGGCAGGCUUCCGUGGAACUGUCCGAUACGCUUCAGUCAAUGCACAUAAAAACAAAGAAAUGGGUCGCCAUGAUGACCUGUGGUCUUUACUUUACAUGUUGGUUGAGUUUGCUGUCGGACAGCUACCAUGGCGGAAGAUAAAGGACAAAGAACAAGUGGGUCAGAUUAAGGAGCGGUAUGAUCACAAGAUGCUGCUUAAACACAUGCCUUCAGAGUUUCACAUCUUCCUGGAUCAUGUUCUUAACCUUGACUAUUAUACCAAACCUGAUUACCAGCUCCUUAUGUCAGUGUUUGACAAUAGUAUGAAGGAGCGAAUCAUUCUGGAGAAUGAGCCAUUUGACUGGGAGAAAGGGGGAACAGAUGCUCUGCUGUCCACCAGCAUGUCCACUGCACCACAGCACAACACACGACCCACAGCUGCUAUAGUCGGGGUUGUCAACAUGACUCCAGCUCAAGGUGACCUUCAGAGAGAGAACACAGAUGAUGUUCUGCAGGAUGAGCACUUGAGCGACCAGGAGAAUGCGCCCCCUGUUCUACCCAGUCACCAGGGUGAGGGCAGCCAGGUGCCCACCGAUGCCCAGGGCUGGGAGGAUACUGACUUUAACCGCAACAAACUCAGGAUCAGCCUAAGCAAGGGCGGCCAGGAGGAUGAGGCUAAUCGUGGUGUGUGUCCAGUUUCACCACAGCGUGGGGGCGGAGCAGAAUCCCCCAGUUGUCAAGUUCGCUCUCUCAGAUACCGACGGGUCAACAGCCCAGAGUCUGACCGUCUCUCCGCUGCCGAGGCCCGCGGUGAUGGCUAUGGGCAAAGAUCCCGCAUGGACAUCUUGGGCUCGCCGUCACGUCUUGUCUACUCCUCCCAGCCAGCCCAAAUGCUCUCUGUGGAUGGUUACCGUGGUGACCUGCACGCAAGCGGCCGCAACGAGGUGUCGGUGGAUCAGGAGGCGCACAGCAAUGCCUUUAUCCGUUCCGUUCCAUUGGCCGAGGAGGAGGAUUUUGAUAGUAAAGAGUGGGUGAUCAUUGACAAGGAGAUGGAGCUGAGGGACUUCCAUCCGGGGGCUGAGCCCACCACCUCAGGGACCACCGACGAGGAACCUGAGGAGCUGAGGCCCCUUGAAGAGGGUGAGGAACGCCGGAGGCACAGGGGUGGAGUGGAACAAGUGGUGCGGCCCAAGACCCACGGGGAACGGACUCGAGGCAUGCUGCCUCUGACUGAGGAGGAGGCCUCACGCAGGAGCGGGGGAAGAGGCCAGUCCACCUCCGCAGAGAGCCCUAUCCAGUCGCCCUGUCACUCCUUACAGACAGGACGGCCGCGGCGAAGGGAGUCGGAGCCCACGGGACCUCAUAGGCAGGUAAGAUGUCCUUCUGAACCUCUGCUUUCGCCUACUGACUACAGAACUAAGGCACAGUCCUUGGAGAAGCAAAUGUUGCACAUCCUUCCUCAGCUACAGGCCAAGAGGGCAGACUUCCUCACUGUCAUGCUCACUGGUUCUUUGCAUCAGCGGCGAACCUUCACAGCAACGCCUCCUGACACCCAGGAUGAUGGACCACGUGACGAUGAUGUUACGAAGAGCGAGUCCAGCAGUGGAGCCAGUGGAAAGAGCACAGAGCGCAGCCAAGAUGGGGCUCCAUCCACCCUCCUCGCUGAUGACCAUCACAGAGGCAGCAGAGAGCCUGGGUCUGUUGCAGAUGCAGAUCAAGAUCAGGAGGACAUCUCUAAAACUCUUGUUCUGUUCUCUCCAGGGGACACCAGGAAGUCCCCAAAUGCUGGAGAAGGGCUUGAUCCUGAGCAGGGCACAAUUGAUAGCGACACUGUGCAGAGGGAGAAACCUGUAGAGAGAAGUAAACCAGAGCAAACCCCUUCAGAGAACGAUCAGCUUGCCAUGGAGCCUGAAUCCACCCUUGUCUCCAAACAGAGACUGAGAUCAUUGGUUACUAUCCCCACAACAACAGUUUCUACUGCUUCAGCAGCAUCACCCCCCUUCACCAAAGUUGAGCGCACUUUUGUUCACAUUGCUGAGACAACUCAUCUGAAUGUCAUGUUUUCCAGUUGUCCACAAGUCAUGGAUGAUGAGCAUGAUAACUUGCCAGUUGCUGAGGAAGCCUCAGUGGAGGGUGAGUCCCAACAGAGGGUAGAAUGGAAGAAGGACAGGCCGGUCUGCACUCCUGAAAUAGAAGGGCCAGCAGGUGCUCAAUCUGAAGUGUCAUCCCAGACUCCCACUGAAGAGCCCCAAGUCCUGACUGUGCUCGAUGGAAUAAUGCAAAACCAGACUUGCACCAAACCGGACAAUCUUCCCAAUCUUAGCUCUGUGGAACCUGGAGAUUUUCAGGCAGGUCAGACAACAGGUGGGAGGCAGGAGAAUUUACUAGAGGAAUCCAAAGAGGACACCUUCCAAAAAAAGGAAGGAGUAGAGGUGGAAUCGACAAGCUCUGAACUUCCUAAGCCUCUUCGACCACGGAGCAGGAGCCGUAUCCCCAUCCUGGUGUCUGAGGAAGACACUGGCUCUGAGUCUGUCUCUUCCCGAGAGUGGAUCCGCCGGAAGGCCAAACAAGACCUAGCCCGUUUGGUAGUGGAAAGGCAACGUCAUGGCCGCUGCUUGAGGCUGGCGUCCCGGACAUCUUCCUCAUUGUCCUCUGGCGAUGAGCCCAGAAGAGCUUCAGAGACUCUCUCUACAACUGGCUCUGAAGAGGACACUCAUGAGUCAGAUGACUCAGCCAGAAGAAAGAAGGACCAAAGGAGCAAUGAGUGGCACAGUAGGAUACCUCGACCUGUUACGCCUGUAAAGAUGCCCUCUGCUGGUCUGAUGGCAGUGGCUCCCUCCCCUCUUACCCUGCCGAGUGCCAGUACUUCCAGACCAGCAUCAGCUGGUUGCAGCGGGCCUAAAGCACAGAGAGUAGGGAUGAGUGUUCCACCGAACCCAGGGAGAUCCAAACCAACGCAGUCUAACUGCACUAUGCCAGGAGGAAGCCCCCGCACACCGCUCCGCUGCAUCUUCACCUCCACGCGUCGCAGUCUCAGCACUGCUCAAUGUAUUUUUCCCCCUUCACGGACAGCAAGCCCCUCUCCCCAGCGACCACCACUCCGAACUACAGUUAGUGAAACACGGAGGCAACCCCUGUCUCUCCGAGCCAAUAUGGUUGUCCCACCAAGGCCUAGGACUACCAGCCGCCGUGGUCCUACAGAGGAUCCCAGGUCACAGCCGUCCACAACUACACUGAUGAGGAAUCGAACCAAAGCCACUACCCAUGUGAAGGGGGGCCAAAGCACAGGAGACAGCGUGGCUGCAGCCAGAUAA